AUGGCUGGUCCACCGCCUGCAGAGGGCACCGACACCCCCGCCACUGCGCCAGCGAGCGGCGGCAAGCGGUUAUUCUCCAUCUUUGCUCCCCCAUCGGGUCCUUCAUCAUCGACUUCGUCUCCCGCACCAAAUGCAGCUGCUGGGCAGGCGAAAGGUGGACAAGGGAAGGGGAAGGGAAAGGAGCUAAGUAGGACGGACGGGAAGGAGAAGGAGGGAUCGGUCGUGUCGUUGCUUUCGGACGAGGAGGACAAGGUUGUCGCGCCGAAGCGGGGCAGGGCGGGCAAAGGAAAGGGCAAGGCGGUCGUCAAGCCUAAGGCAAAGGGCAAGAAGGGAAAGGGAAAGGCUGCGAGGCCGGUCUCGACAACGGACGAGGACUCUUCCGCUCCCGAUUCUACCGAAGACGACGCCGACUUCGAAGUCCUCUCAGACUCGACUGCUCCCUCUCGUACUUCGUCGGCUACUCGAGUCAGCCGUGCGACGAAGUCGACGCGCACCAAAUCGAAGCUCUCAGCAACCGCCUCGACUUCCAGCGCCGUCCUCGACCUUACGUUGUCGCCUCCUCGUCCACCCCGUCCCGCUUCGCAUUCCUCGUUUGCGCCGCUCUCGGAGGUGUACAGGUCACAGCGGGAGAAGCGAAGGAAGGAUACGGAGGGAAUCGAGCCUCGGUGGCCGACGGCCGAGGAACACGCUGCGGGACGGAGCGAAAGCGUCGGGAGGGCGGAGAAGGGCGUUUGGGGUGCCUGGGAGGGCAAGUUCAGGCGUGCGACGGCGGACAAAGGGAAGCAGCGCGCUCAUGAGGCGGCGAACGGCCAUGCUGAAGAAGGAGACUUUCUCGAACGCCUCGAGCACGAGCUCGACUUUGCUUCUCUCGCGUCCGCCGAAUCAUCCGCAGCUCCUUCGACCUCCCACAGCCGGUACAAGGCGGUUCCCUACCCACUAUCGUCCCUUUCUUCUCUCCUCCCUUCCCCGCUCCCCUCUCAUCCGCUUCUCACACGCCUCGCCGCACCCUUCCUCUCCUCCGACCCUUCCACUCUGCCCUUCACGACCCACUCGACAGCCGAAUCAGAGUUGUGGACCGUCAAGUACGCGCCGCAGAACGCGGAUGAGGUGUUGGGCGAGGAGAGCGGGUCGAGCGCUGUAUUGCUGAGGGAGUGGCUGACGGAACUCAAGGUCGAGGGAGCCAAAGCAGACGCGAAAGUCGGCAAGAAACGUCGUCGCCCUGUCGCACGCGGACUGGACGAUGGCGUCGCCGCCAAGCGCAAGCGGAAGAAGCGUGCGAAAGCGCGCGAGGACGACUGGAUCGUCCGCUCUUCCGAUGAGGAAGACGAAGACGACGGGAUGGGCGCCUUUCCCUCGUCUUCGUUCGAUUCGCGCGCCGCGACGGACGACAGCGACGAUGACCUCGACGGCUUGGGGCGCGCCACGUCCAGCUCGGCCUUCCACUCCCUCACGAACCUGAUCCUCCUGCACGGCCCACACGGGUCCGGCAAGUCAUCGACCGUGCAUGCCGUCGCCCGCGAACUCGGCUACGAGGUAUUCGAAGUCUUCCCUGGCAUGGGACGCCGGAGUGCGAAGGACGUCGAGCGUUACGUCGGCGAUGCGGCGAAGAAUCACCUUGUCGUCCAAGGAGGCGGACCGGGCAGUCCAAAGAAGGGCGGUGGAGGGUUGUUCGCGAUGUUCGCAAAGCAGAAGGCCAAAGGUAGCGGGACUACGGGAGAAGCAGGCGGAUCGUCGAGUAAGGGGAAGGAGCGUGCAAAGGCCGGCGAGGAGACGACGGCGGGGGGCGAGGAAAAGGUAGACAAGGGUCCGACCCAGUCCUUGAUCCUGAUGGACGAGGUGGACGUUCUCUUCAAGCAUGAGGAGGACUUCUGGGCCGGUCUCGUGCAUCUCGCCAAGCAGUCGAGGCGUCCUAUCGUCAUGACUUGCACAGACAUCUCCCUCGUUCCGUUCGACGACCUCAACGUCCAGCAAAUCCAUCUCUCGCCGCACGCACCUCCCGCCACCUUCCUCUCCUUCGCACCGCCUGCGCCUGCGCUCGCCGUCCCUUUCCUCCACCUUCUCUCCCUUCACGCCGGUCACGUCCCCUUCACCGGAGCUCUCGAAAAGCUAUACGACUCGACCGCUCCGCGCCCCUAUCCGGCAUGGUUACUCCAGCAGCAGAUGGGCACAGCUCGUCGCGGCGGAGGCGGCGGUUUCGGCGGCAGGCCUUUGCCAAGCUGGACGAGCAGUCAACCCAUUCUGGCGAAGGACUUGCGGAAGGCGAUCAUGCUCCUCGAGUUUGAGAGCUCGGACAGACCGCCGACCGGGCAGGCGACCGAGGUCGUCCUCUUACAGCAGGUACAGGCAGGACACAGCCAGGACAGCAGGUUUUUCGAGACCGGCGCUCGGGUCGACCCAUCGACUCGCGCGAACGGCUUGUCUGCCGCCUUCGCUGCCGCCGACGCGCUCUCCUGGGCCGACGCGCACGUUGCGAAGCGUGUGGAGGUUCGAAUCGAGGACGAAGAGACCGGCCGCGCGCCUUCGAUCAACGACACCGAGUUCGGCUUCGCAAUUCUGGAUUACCUCCCUGACCCGAACGCUACGCGCCUUCCCUUCACCGGCGCGGAAGAUGCGAUGGAAGCGGCUCUUAAGACGCUCGCGUACCGACACUGGGCGGAUGCACUGCGCUUCGACGACCUGCAAGAUGAAGCGCUCGAGGAGAAGAGAGCCGACUACACCUUCCACCUCGGCGGCCUCGUCCACUCGAACGGCGAACGAGCGCUCAUCCAGCCUCCUUCCGCCGUCCUCCCCUCGCCCAUCCCCAUCACCGACUACGCUCCCUUCCUCCGCCUUAUCACGCUCGCCGACGACGCCAACUACGCCGCAGCAGUGCAGAUGCAAGACGCAGCCGCCGAAGCUGGUGGACAGGACGAGAUCAAUUCGCUGUCCGUCGCGGCGGCGCUUGGUGCGGCGGCGGGUCCGUCAGCGGCUGGCAAGAUCAGGAGAUCGAAGCGGCAGAAGGCGAAGCAGGGCGUGCCGUUGUACGAGAGGACGCUGCCAUGGGCUUCGGAGGGCGAUGCGGAUUGGCUGAGGAAGAGCGGGUUUGUCAUCGAGGAGGCGUAG